AUGGCCUCUGCACCGGCACAACAGCCCACUUUGACUGUAGAGCAGACCAGAGUGGUGCUUAGUGAGGUGAUCCAGGCCUUCUCUGUGCCGGAAAAUGCAGUGAGAAUGGAGGAGGCACGGGAGAGCGCGUGCAACGAUAUGGGCAAGAUGCUCCAGCUGGUUCUCCCUGUUGCCACGCUAAUUCAGCAGGAAGUCAUCAAAGCAUAUGGUUUUAACAACGAAGGAGAAGGUGUCCUGAAGUUUGCUAGAUUGGUCAAGAUGUAUGAAACCCAGGACCCCGAAAUCGCUGCCAUGUCAGCCAAACUCAAGGCUCUCCUCCUGCCGCCUCUGUCAACACCACCCAUAGGGGGCGCCAUUCCGGCCUCGUAA